AUGCUGAGUGUGGCAUGUAGUAGAUGUUUGUGGAGGACUGUUGGUUUACAUAAGAGACCAGUUCUAAUAGCAAAACCUGGGAAGGACAGAGGACUCCAUGUGUCAUCCGUAAGAAACACCAUCAUGCCAGCCUGGGUGAUUGACAAGUACGGGACGAAUGAUGUCCUGCGCUUCAAUGAAAAUACCCUCUUCCCUGUCAUCCAUUACCCCAAUGAAGUCAUCAUCCAGGUCCAUGCUGCAAGUGUGAACCCCAUUGAUGUCCAUAUGAGAAAUGGUUAUGGAGCUGCCAGCCUGAAUAUGACUCGUGAUCCUCUGAAAAUGAAGAUACCAGGAAGUGAGUUCCCUAUAAUUCUAGGAAGAGAUGUUUCCGGAGUUGUGAUGGAGUGUGGACUUUCAGUAAAAUACUUUAAACCUGGAGAUAAGGUCUGGGCAGCAGUCCCUCCAUGGAAGCAGGGCACCUUUGCAGAAUUUGUUGUUGCAAGUGCCAAUGAGGUAUCCUUGAUGCCAAAGUCACUUAGUCAUACAGAAGCUGCUUCCUUACCUUAUGUUGCCCUCACGGCAUGGGCUGGCCUUGUUAACAGCUGCGGUUUGAAAAAGGAAACCUGUCCAGGAAAACGUGUUUUAAUAAUUGGUGCAUCUGGAGGAGUUGGCACAGCUGCCAUCCAGUUAUUAAAAGCAUGGGGGGCACAUGUGACUGUUGUUUGCUCUGGAGGAGCUCAAACAUUGAUGAAUGACCUGGGAGCUGAUGAUGUUAUUGAUUACACUACAGCAAGCCUAAAAGACCAACUGAAGACAAGAGACCUAUUUGAUGUUAUGUUUGACAAUGUAGGUGGAACAAGUGAAGAGCUGGCUCUUCAGUACCUUAAGCCAUGGUCUGGAGCUUCAUACUGCACACUGGUUACACCUUUUCUGUAUAACACUGACCGGAUGGGUAUAGCAGAUGGAAUGAUGCGUUCGGGUUUUACUCUGGGAUCAAAAGUGAUAAAGCAUCUCUGCAAAGGGAUCCACUACCGCUGGGGUUUCUUUACCAACAGUGGGCCAGCCUUGGAUGAAAUUGGUGAAAUUGUGGAUGCUGGCAAGAUGCGGCCUGUUGUUGAAAAAGUGUUUCCAUUUUCUGAUGUCCCACAAGCCUUUGAUAAGCUAGAAGCAGGAAAUGCACGAGGAAAAACAGUAAUUCAGGUCAUCGACCUAAAACAAUAA